GUGACAUCCAGAGGAAGUAAACAAACACUACAGCUGUUAGCAGUGUUAGCUCUGUGCACGCCACGUGAAUGAAUAAAGUGGAAGACGGCAUUGUAGCGGUGACACAGUCAAUUAUUUCAUUCGUAAUUAAGCAACAAUGUCUUCAGUUGAGUGUUUGAGAGAGUUUGUCAACGAGCGACUAACUGCUGCUGCUGAAGAAAUAUUUGGAGUUUUUAUAAAAACUAUCGUCGAGUACGAAGAAGAGAUCUAUCGUCAGCGCAAACUGCUGGAUAUCGUUUGGAAACCUGAAAUAAAGUUACACAGGAUAGAUCUCCAACAGCAACAUGUCUGUGAGGAGGAAGAGGAGGAGGUUCUCACUGACCAGCAGCUCUGUAACCAGGAGAGGAGCUCCAGUCUGGACCAAGAGGACCCAGAGCCUGUACAGAUUAAAGAGGAACAGGAGGAACUCUGCACCAGUCAGGAGGGAGAGGAGCUUGUGAUGAAGGUGGAGGCUGAUACCUUUGUGGUGACUCCUACUGAUGAGGAAAGGGACCACAGUGAAGCAGAACCUGAAAGUGACCACCAGCUGCUGUUGAACAACUUUAAUGCAGCUGAGAGCCAAGAUCAGAAAGGACACAAGAAUGAAGACUCUACUAGAGAUGCAGAGUCAGAACAAAACAAUCAACAGUAUGAAAACAGAAGUCACAGUGACCUCGUCAACAACCCUAACUCGUCAGGGGCUGACAGUAAUAUUCACAAACAGUCUUUUAAAUGUGACACUUGUGGAAAGGAUUGUAAAUAUAAGUCAGUACUUGUGAACCACAUGAGAAUACACACAGGUGAGAAGCCGUAUAUUUGCAAAACCUGCGGGAAAAGAUUUAGUAGAAUUGAUUCAUUGAAAAUACAUCAAAGCGUUCACACAGGUGAGAAGCCAUAUAUUUGUACAAUAUGUGGGAAAGCUUUCGCACAGGGAUCUGAUUUGAACAAACACAUUAGAUCCGUCCACAAUAAAGAGAAGCCCUACCUUUGCAAGAUCUGUGGGAAAAGCUUCAGUAGAGCGUCAGCCUUGAAAAGGCAUCAGAGAAUCCACAAUGGUGAGAAGUCAUACGCCUGCAUCGUGUGAGAAAAGGUUCGCUGUUCUGACACACUUGAAAAAACAUGCAGCAAUACACACAGGUAAGGGGCCAUACACUGAAACGUGUAAGAAAACAUACUGCGCCACAUCUGACUUGAAAGAGCACAUCAAAAUCCAUGCAGGUUAAUAGCUGUUAACUCACAAAUCAUGUGACCUUACAGUCAAUGAGAGGACCCAACACUGGUGAGAGACCUUUGCAAUGUUUGUUCAUCGUCAGAACUGAAGAACUCACUGACUGUAUUGUAUGACUAUAUGAGAAGUCCUAUUGUAUAUAAAUGUUCCUUAAUUUUGCUGUUUUAUAGCUGAAUUAGCAAAUAAAAUUAUCAGAAUUUGAGAAAAAAUGUUUAUACAUAAUAUGUAUGUUUGUAUAUAUACACACAGACA